UUUCUUUAUUAGUAUUACUACUAGUAGUCGUAGCACCUUUUUAUUUUAUUUUUAUUUUCACUUUUUAAAAUAGUUGCUUCUCGUUCAAAACUUUUGCCGGAACUUCAUUUCAAAAGAAAGGAAAACCCAAACAAAAAAAAAAAAAAAAAAAGGACAUAAACUAAAGGAAAGGAAAAUCUUUUCCUUAGGUAUUUUUCUCGGCGUCCAAGCAGAAGGUGGCGAAUCAAAUGUGAUGGGAAGCGGACUGUCCACCUUCUUCUUACCUUGCUUGAAGCCACCAGCAGCAGCAGCUAAGCAGAGUGACCAAAAAGACUCUGUCGUCUUCAGUGCUUCUGAGCAUUUAGACGAAACCCUAGGUCACUCUUUCCAUUACGCUCGAUCCUCUAACCGUUUUCUCUCCCCUACUCCUUCCGAUCGCUUUCUCUCUCCUUCUAACUCUCUCCGUUUCUCUCCUUCCCGACCCGAUUUUAACAAUACCCGACCCGAAACUACUGCUCCUCCUCCUACUACGACUACUGCCUUCAAGUCUAUUUCAGGUGCUUCUGUCAGUGCUAACACUUGCACUCCUAGAACUGUCCUUCAACUUGAUAAUAUUUACGAUGACGCCACUGGCUUUGCCGCUGCUGGAGGUGGAGGCGUUAAGAGUAGUAUUGUAAAUGUUGAUGGCUUCGAAAGCACCGCCUCGUUUAGUGCUCUGCGUCUUCAACCUGUGCCACGUGGCGGAGAGGGAUUCUUCAUGUCUGGUCCAAUCGAGCGGGGCUCCCUGUCCGGUCCAUUGGAACCCAACUUGGGAAGCGAGACUAGCGGAAGAGUACACUUCUCAGCCCCGCUGGGUGGCAUUUAUGUGAAAAAGAAGAGGAGGAAGGGCAUUUCUGGAAUUAAGAAAGCUAUAUAUCGGAACAUAUCGGAGAAAAAACGACCAUGGGUUGUACCGGUGUUGAAUUUUGUGAACCGGAAAGAGAACAAUAACAAUGUUACAACAGAGGAGAGUGAGAGUAGUAAAAAUGUGGAGUGGGCAUUAGGGAAAGCAGGAGAGGAUCGUGUACAUGUGGUUGUAUCCGAAGAGCAAGGUUGGUUGUUUGUUGGGAUCUAUGAUGGAUUUAACGGUCCUGAUGCACCUGAGUUCUUGAUGGGAAAUCUUUAUAGAGCCGUUUAUGAUCAACUUCAAGGCUUGUUUUGGCAAGAUGAAGAUACCGCUAUUGUAGAAAAGCUUGAUGAUGCGGAGAUUGUAGCUAAACCUAAUAAUCCAUCAGAGGAAUUGGGUGCUAAAAUUGAAUCUACUCGUGAAAGAACAAAAAGAGUUACAUUUCAAUCAGAAGGCACAGAGAUUAUUACACAUAGAAGGAGGCUAUGGGAAUUUCUCGCGGAGGAUGAUGCGGAAGAUGGGCUUGAUUUGUCAGGGUCCGAUAGAUUUGCAUUUUGUGUUGAUGAUGCAAUUAGUGUUGGUGGCAAUGCAGGGUCUGCUGUUAGUAGAAGGUGGUUAUUGCUGUCAAAGUUGAAACAAGGGUUAUCGACUAAACAUAUAGACAAGAAGAAUUUGUUUCCGUGGAAAUUUGGAUUGGAAAGAAAGGAGGAGGAGAAGGUGGAGACUAGUAAUAAUAGAGUGGAGGAAAGGGUUUUGAAUAGGCAAAGGACGGUAGGACCUGUGGACCAUGAAUUAGUUUUGAGGGCAUUAUCAAGGGCUCUAGAGUUAACUGAACUAGCUUACUUGGAUAUGACUGAUAAGGUGUUGGAUACAAAUCCUGAGUUAGCAUUGAUGGGUUCAUGUUUAUUGGUGGUUUUGAUGCGGGAUGAGGACGUCUAUGUGAUGAAUGUGGGUGAUAGUAGGGCAGUUGUUGCACAGUUUGAGCCACAAGACAUUGGCCCUAGUGUCGGUGAUCAAGGGUUGAGCAUGGAAGGGGUAGCUGAGGGUCCUGCUCAGCCAAUGAGGUUGACUGCAUUGCAGCUAUCCACUGAUCAUAGUACAAGCAUCGAAGAAGAAAUCUUAAGAAUCAAGAAUGAACACCCAGAUGACAGCCAAUGUAUUGUCAAUGAUAGAGUGAAAGGUCGUCUGAAGGUUACUAGGGCGUUUGGGGCAGGAUUUCUCAAACAGCCCAAAUUUAAUGAUGCUUUGUUGGAGAUGUUUCGGAAUGAGUAUAUUGGUACUGCACCAUACAUAUCUUGCUUGCCUUCUUUACGUCACCAUCAAUUGUGUCCAAGAGAUCAGUUUUUGGUUCUGUCAUCUGAUGGAUUAUAUCAGUAUCUCACCAAUCAGGAAGUGGUUUCUUAUAUUGAGAAUUUCAUGGAGAAGUUUCCAGAUGGAGACCCAGCCCAGCACCUGAUAGAAGAGCUUCUUUCUCGUGCAGCAAAGAAAGCUGGGAUGGAUUUCCAUGAAUUACUAGACAUCCCACAAGGAGAUCGCCGGAAGUACCAUGAUGAUGUUACUGUUAUGGUGAUUUCGCUUGAAGGGAGAAUUUGGAAGUCAUCAGGAAAGUAUCUAUAAAAUAUUCUUAUAUUACUACCUGUACUGGCGGAAAAGUGAGAAUGAUAAGAAAAAGGCAGUUUCAAUUCUCAAGUUGAGUUGUCUGCAAGCAGUUUAUAGAGUUUCAGGCACGACUCAUUUUUUUCUGGGUCGUAAAACAUAUCUUUGGGUGCUAUAUACAGUUUACAGGGCAACUUCAAAUGAUUUUAGCCAAGACUAAUGCUAGGUAGCCGUGAAUAGAUGAGUAGAUGCCCAAAGGCAAAGAAUACUGGGAAUUCUGCAGAUGGGGUUGGUAGGAAGCGCUCUUUAGGGGAUUAAAGUACCAAAAGGAAACAUUUUUUUUUAAAAAAAAAAAUUUAUGUAUAGGUGAGGACUCUUUCCAUUGAUAGGUACCUUGUUUUCUUUUAUUUUACCUUUUAGAGCCAAAAUUCUGGGGGGAAAAGGGUUCUUUGUAAUUUGGUGGGGUAUACUGAACUGGAUCAUUUCCUAGUCUAAAGUGAGCUCUGUAAUUUUGAAGGUGGAUUUCCACCGAUGCGGUUCAAAAGAGUUGAUUUUCUUUUCCCAA